CUCCAGCCGGCCGCGUAGCGGACAUGGCCGGCUCCUGGCUCCCGCGGCGGCUCUUCCUCCAGGGCGUGGCCGCCGCCUUCAUGUUCGCCUUCGCCUCCCUCUACACGCAGAUCCCGGGCCUCUAUGGCCCCGACGGCAUCCUACCCGCACGGAGGACGCUGAGGCCGCAGGGCAAGGGGCGCUGGCAGCAGCUGUGGGAGACACCGACGCUGCUGUGGGAGGCGCCGAGGCUGGGGCUGGACACGGCACAGGGCCUGGAGCUGCUGAGCCUGCUGGCCACCCUGCUGGCCCUGGGUGCCCUGCUGCUGCGUCCGCUGCGCCACCGGCUCGUCUACCUGCUGCUCUGGGCCGCCUACCUGUCGGCCUGCCAGGUGGGCCAGGUGUUCCUGUAUUUCCAGUGGGAUUCCCUGCUGCUGGAGACUGGCUUCCUGGCCGUGCUGGUGGCCCCACUGAGGCAGCCCCCCCACCGCAAGCAGGCCCCCCAGGGUUGGCAGGCAGGGGCCUCACCCCAUGAAGGCCUCCCUUUCUGGCUCGUGCGCUGGCUGCUGUUUCGCCUCAUGUUCGCCUCGGGCGUGGUCAAGCUGACCAGCCGCUGCCCCGCAUGGUGGGGGCUCACUGCCCUCACCUACCACUACGAGACACAGUGCCUGCCCACACCCGCCGCCUGGCUCGCCCACCACCUGCCUGUCUGGCUGCACAAGCUCAGCGUGGUGGCCACCUUCGUCAUCGAGAUUGCUGUGCCCCCUCUGUUCUUCGCCCCCAUUCGCCGCCUGCGUCUGGCCGCCUUUUACUCCCAGGUGCUGUUGCAAGUCCUGAUCAUCAUCACUGGCAACUAUAAUUUCUUCAACCUGCUCACACUGGUGCUCACCACCUCUCUUCUGGAUGACCAGCACCUGGCCACUGAGCCUGGCCACGGCCGCCACAAGAAGAUGCCCACCUCCUGGCCCAAGGCCCUACUGGCUGCACUAUCCCUGUUGCUAGAACUGGCCAUCUAUGGACUGCUGGCCUUUGGCACUGUGCACUACUUUGACCUGGAGGUCGACUGGCAGCAACGCACCGUCCACUCCAGAACCACGUUCACCUACCACCAGUUCUCCCAGUGGCUGAAGAUGGUGACCCUGCCCACCAUCUGGCUGGGUGUGGCCUCCCUUACCUGGGAGCUGCUGACGGCCCUCUGGAGGUGGACGCAGGUACAGGGAUGGCUGUGGAAGCUCUGCGCUGCGGUCCAGUUGUCCUUCUUCAGCACUGCUACAGUGGCCUUGUUCAUGAUCAGCCUGGUGCCCUACUCCUACAUGGAGCCCGGGACCCACGGGCGCCUCUGGACAGGGGCCCACCACCUGUUUGGUGCGGUGGAGCACCUGCAGCUGGCCAACUCCUACGGCCUCUUCCGCCGGAUGACUGGGCUGGGUGGGCGGCCUGAGGUGGUGCUGGAGGGCAGCUACGAUGGACACCACUGGACGGAGAUUGAGUUCAUGUACAAGCCCGGGAACGUGAGCAGGCCGCCCCCCGUCGUGGCGCCCCACCAGCCGCGCCUUGAUUGGCAGAUGUGGUUCGCAGCCCUGGGCCCGCACACACACAGCCCCUGGUUCACGAGCCUGGUCCUCCGCCUGCUGCAGGGCCAGGAGCCCGUGAUCCGCCUGAUCCAGAGCCAGGUCGACAGGUAUCCCUUCCACAAGCAGCCACCCACCUACAUCCGGGCCCAGCGCUACAAGUACUGGUUCUCACAGCCAGGGGAGCAGGGCAGGUGGUGGCGGCGCCAGUGGGUGGAGGAAUUUUUCCCGCCUGUGUCUUUGGGGGACCCGACGCUGGAGAUGCUGCUCAGGCAGUUUGGGCUUCAGGACAAGAGUGUAUCCCGGGCCCGCAGCUCCAGCAGCACAGUGGCCCAGGCCCUCCACUGGGUGCGGACUCAGCUCUCUCACUUGGAGGCCCCCCCCUUGCUCUGGGGGCUCCUUGUGGCGGUGGGGGCUGUCAGAGUCGUGCAGGCCCUGCUGGCUCCCUGGUCUCUCCAGUCCCCACCCAUCAAGGGCGGGAAGCACAGGCCAGCCCCCAAGAAGGACUCACGAGCUACCUGCGCACAGGCCACCCCAGCCCUGGACAGCUGUAACAGCCGUUCCCGGACCCCCUGGCAGGAAAAGUAGCUGCGUCCCAUCAGCCACAUGUCCCAAUUGGGCCGGGGUCCUGGCAUGGCCCUGGCCUCCUGCAGCAGGACACGGCCCAGCCACCGUGCCUUAGCUGACCCUGCUGGGGCAGACGCUCUUUGGGGUGCUGCCCUCUGAGGAUUGCUGGGUGCUGCUUGGAGGGUCCACUGGUCCCCCCCACGCCAACCGUUUCCCUCCCCAGGUUCCUACCCCCUCUUCCUCCACAGUUGGCCCAGGAGGUGGGCACGUUAUAAUCAGGACCAUGGAAGGCCUUCCCCCGAGUUUGGAGCCCCCAACCCUAUCCCCUGUGGUGGAGGCAAUGAGGCUGAUUCCCUGAGGAGGAAAGGCGGUCACCUGUCAGGUCGUCUCCACACUAGCUUCUCCCGUCUUUGGGGUCUGUGCACCAAUAAAGGCGUCGUUUGUGCUUGGC